AAACAAUUGAGUGUGAUGAGAUACAAACAAUUUUAAAAUUAAUUUUGAUAUAAAGGCUGAACGUUUAAUAGUUUUCUUUUAAAUUUUUUUCAGAGACCGUAAUAGGUUUCUUCGUUUUAAUCGACCUAGGUAAAGCGGCAGGUUCUAGUUUUCUUUCACAUUAUGCCUGAUCCAAGAGGAACACAGUUAAAAGUUAAUGUAAACCCAGAGACCAUUUAUGACAUUCUUGAACGGAUCGGAAGAGGCUCUUUCGGGGAAGUUUAUAAGGGUGUUGAUAGAAAGACAAGAGAAGUUGUAGCUAUCAAGCUUAUCGAUUUGGAAGCAGCUGAGGAUGAGAUUGAAGAUAUUCAGCAAGAGAUAAAAGUUCUUUCUCAGUGCAACAGCCCGUAUAUCACGAAGUACCAUGGUUCUUAUUUGAAAGACACUACAUUAUGGAUCGUCAUGGAAUACUUAGGUGGUGGAUCUGCACUUGAUUUAAUGAAGCCUGGACCUAUACCGGAGGUUCAUAUAUCUACUAUUUUGAGAGAGAUAUUAAAGGGACUAGAUUACCUACAUAGUCAAAGUAAAAUUCACAGGGAUAUAAAAGCUGCUAAUGUCCUGCUUUCCUACAGUGGUGAUGUAAAGUUGGCCGACUUCGGCGUCGCUGGUCAGUUGAGUUCAACUAUAACUAAGCGUGGCACCUUUGUGGGGACCCCAUUCUGGAUGGCUCCUGAAUUAAUUCAGCGAUAUGCGUACGAUUUUAAGGUAGAUAUAUGGUCUACAGGAAUUACAGCCAUUGAAUUAGCUAAAGGAGAACCACCUAAUGCUGACCUACAUCCGAUACGUGUUCUCAUGCUUAUUCCAAAAAACCCUUCUCCUCAGUUGACUGGCGAUUUCAGUAAGGUAUUCAAAGAUUUUGUCGACUGCUGCUUGACUAAAGUUCCAGAAAAUAGACCAACCGCACAUGAAUUGCUACGUCACAGUUUUAUUAAAAAGGCUCGUAAAACAGCUUUUCUACAAGAGCUAAUUGAGCGCUAUCGAAAAUGGCGUGAUGAAGGUGGAGAUGAUGAUGCAGAUGGUGAAUCUGACGACGAUGGACUUGUUCCGGACGAGGAAGAUCUUGUAAAUGCUCAUUCAAAUUCUCCUGGCGGUGCAGAUAAACCUGGUCAAAAGAAGAAACAUUUCGAUGGUAUGAGACCGGGAAAAGCAUCUGAUACAUUCAAGUGGAAUUUCGAAACAGUUCGUGCUGUGCCAUCACAGUCCGCACAGGUUUCUCAUAAUACAAGUUCAACUUACUCUUCUCCCGAUGUUUCUUCUGCCCACCAUUCUUCUUCAUCGUCACUAUCCAGUUCAGAUGUCCAGCCUGUGAUCAAGAGAACACCUGGUGGUCCUGCACUUGAAUCUGAACGACGUCUCUCUGAUGGAUAUGAAUCACGUGCCUCGAACCCUGUAAUAGGAGGACCAAUUCAUUCCGGGUUUCAGUCUUCACAAAUUGGUUUAUGUACAGCAGACGAAAAUUCUCGUGUCCAAAUGUCACGUUCAGCAAUGAAUUCGAAUCAGAAUACCGCUGGUCCUAACGCAUCUUCUGGCCCUACUAAUAUUCCGAUUAUCCGACCACAAAAUGUUCAACCUGUUACUAGAAUUAUGGCUAGUGAUAUCCCUCAGUCUCGCCAAGUUUAUGUUGGUGAUCCUAGACACUCAAAAUUAGUCAACUCAAAGAAUAUUUCUACAUCAACUAAUAACAAACCUCAACAUAGUCAAUCACCACCAUUGGUUGUAAAUCUGAAUAAACCAUCUUGUUUCCAUCAGCACGUUUUACCUUUGCUUCAGGAUGUAAGAUAUAUUAUUUUGCAUUAACACUCUACUCAUUUUUUAUGCGUAUGGCUUUCAUUUUUAUGAAAAAAAUUGUUUCGUGGUAACUUUGUGUAACGUCUGAUUUUGUUGCUGUUUUCCCCAGUUUGAAUCGUAUAUUUGCCGAACAACUCAGUUGGUCAAAUAUAACAUUAGAGGAACUUAAUCUCUGACAUCUUACCUCAGUCAAAAACUAUCAGAGUAAUUAAUAGUUUCAAUCGAUGAAAUCUUUCGACACUUGAUCGAUAGAAUUUCUAAUAGUUGUCAAACGUCUAGGACAAUAAUUGUGGUAAAUAAAAACUAAGACUGAAUGCUAAUUAGACUAACAUCUGGUGUCUAAGUUAGGUUUUCCUGUAGCUAUAGUGAAAAUUCUUGACCAAUGGAGUACGACAUUGGGUGUGAGGUAGUUACUCGUCGAAGACAAAGGAGGAUUGUUGAACAAUAUGGUGAAUUUUUUAAAGUGAAACACCUGGAUUGUUGUGUGUCAAAUCAGUGGUCUAAAUAUUAAGGACUUAUGGUGAGACCUAAUAGUUUUGUAUUCGACCUACUGAGUUUUUGGAUGCUUAUUGUCGAGAUGUUUCAUAAUAGGACGAAACAACUAUCCAGUGUCUUUUGGUUCGUAAAAUUUUGUUAACUAAGAUUAGUUCGUGACAUAAACAUACAAUCCAUCAAUUUUCACAAACCACCUAUGGUAAUAGUAAGGGAUUUCCCAUCACAAAGAUUCGCCGUCUAAGCCUAUCAAGUGUAUGUAUGAUCUGAUUUUGUUUUAUAUAUAAUGAAACACAAACAAUUUAAUUGAUUCGAUAAAAAAUUGUUGAUUUAUUAUUAUUUGUGUUGUCUUCAGGUUUUUGUAUGGUUACUUGUAUAAACGAUACUGUUAAAAAUCGAGUUAUCUCAAAAUAAUCUACAGUUUGUUAAACUAUACACUCAAAUGUUGUUUUAUUUUGUGAUGUAUUCUCACCAUAUUACAUUUAUUCUAUUUUCAUCACUUUCAAAUGUUUUGUGAUUUUUUCUUCAGCUCCAAGAUGUUUACAGUCAAGUCACUAGUGGUGCUUCAGAUUCGAUCUCUAAUUUAGCGGCUACAUUUCAGGCAGUUGAUGCUUCGUCACCUCAGUAUACAACUGAAUUUUUAGCGGAGCUACUAACACGUGUAUUGGAUAGCAAUCCACGAUUAUCUGCCAAUGUUAGGCGUCGUGUAUUAGAUCGCUUACGCAUGAAUUCGUCCGACUCUUAAUGUAAAUUAUUUUCCAAUAGCAGUGGUAUGUUAUACCUACAUUUUUCGAUCCUGUACUAUUGAUACCUGUGUUUUUAAUGUAUAACUUCGAAAAUAUUUUCUGUAAAAUCAUGUUCAUUUUCGGGAUUAUACGUAACCUCUAAACGAAGCAAUGUCUUCUCGUCAUUUUUACCUGCGCUUCAACACAUAGCAGUUUAAAUACAAUCAAAAUGAGUUGUACUAUCACUCUUUGGAAAGACAUAUUGUCGAUAAUAUGAUGGCACUAACCCGAAACGUCCUCGUUUGCAACAUCUGGGUAUAAAUGUGUUUCCUUCACAUUUCAUUACUCCGAAAUAUAUAUCUUUUAUUUAUUUUCGAAAUUAUCUGUUAUUUGACUAUCAAAAUUUUGUUUUACUUUACUCCUCUAUCUUGUUGUUAUUCUAUUUUCCGUGGUACGUGUUGUAUGUACUACCAAUAGUUGUUUCUGUCGUAUCUCCAAAGAUGACCAGAAUCUGAAAUUUAUUUGUUAAUUGUCGAGAGUUACAGGCAAUCGACAGUAACUUAAUCUAUUCUUUACAAUAUUUGGUUGUGUGAAUAAAGUAAAAUCAGUUUAUUUGGUUGUAAACAUAUCGUCAAAGAGUGAUGAACAAUAGUAAUUCUUGUAUGUUAAAGCGUUUUUAAUAGUUUUAGAUGCUUGUGCUAGUCAACCCUGUAGUGAAACCAGUUAUAUAACCUAGGGGAUUCGUAUAAUUUUGAAGUUAUUUAAUUCUUCUUAUUUAAUAAUCUGGCUAAAUCCCAUUGUUUAUCUUCUGUGUGUUUUCUAUUUUUCCAGCAAUCCCAUUCCUAUCGUGGAUAGUUUUAUAUAUUCAUCAGUUUAUUAUAUAUAUAUUCAUUUAAAUUACCGUUAGCGUAAAAUUGAUACACAAUCAUAUUCGCUUUAGUACAUCUAUUCUGUCUUCAUUUUUAUGACUUCUCAUCAUUUUGUUCUUGUAAUAUGAUUUAUUGCAAUGAAUGUAUUGUAUGAAAAAAUAUUUUCUUAACUCAAUAUAUAUCAGCAAUAUGUGCUGUGUAAUUGUAAUUUAACAAACUCAAUGUGCUCAACUUUGUUUUUUUCUUCACAUUCCUUAACACCUAUUAGUUAGUCUUUGUCACCUUUUUAUCAUGGGAAUAAUCUAUUCUUGUGUUUUUCUAACAUAUACGUGUUCGUAUAUGUAGCUCGUUAAAAAAAGACAGUUUUACUGCAUAUUUUGCCCUUUAGUAAAUUGAGGCGAAAAAAGUUACUAUUCUAUAAAUUACAUACUUCUCAUGACCUUGUUAUUCAAUACACAUUAUUGUUUAUUACAAUCAUUGUUUCAUCGAAGUUCGCAAAUUUUUUGUGUGUUGUCCUUGCUUUUUUUAUCUAUUAAAUGAAUAAUCAUUUUCGUUAACUAUCAAUUAAAUUUAAUAUCAUCUACCUGAAGAUGAUUAUAGGUUGUAAAAAGAAAUUUUAAGUAUUAGUUAGUGCGUUUUCAUGUUACCGUUAGUUUUCUUUUUUUUUCCUAUGGUUGUUUUCGGGUAUAAAUUUUUGUUGUUCCUCUCUGUUAAGUACUAUUUUGUUAUCUUUUAAUAUAUAAGCCUAAUCAAUCAAAUCACCAAAAAAAUUUAAGUAUAUAUGUAAACUGUUAUCUUGAAUGGAUUGCUCUUUAUAUAUAUAUAGUUUCUUUUAAUGUGAAAUUUUCGCUAAUAGUACAUUGGAUAUGUCCUACAGGGCAUUUUAUGAAUGAUAAUUUUCACAUAUGAAACAAUUAUUAUUUCUACUACUAAUAUUAGUAAUAAUAAUGCUGCAUUGUCUUUCAAUCAUUUUUCUGUUCUAAUCUCCUUAUAUUUCUCUUAUGGUUGGUAUUUAAAUAGUGUAUGUUCAUAUCUCUGUGUGUCUGUAGCUGCUGGUAGCCAGCAAACAUGUUUCACUGAUUAUGAGAAAAUAUAAAAGUUUUGAUUAAUAACUUAUUUUAUCGUUUUCUUUGCUAUCAUCUUUGGUUAGCUAAAAGCUACAGUGAUCUUUGCUAUCGUUUAUUUACACUUUACUUGGCAAAUUAGUUAUUGCACUCCAAGUGAAAAUUCAGAUAGAGAUAUGAUAUUUUGAACUACAUGCGUCACUGUCUAACUAAUGACGCAGUUGAAGUGGAAUAGAAAACUGCGAUACACUGCAUUCUUUUAUUACUGAGAUUUGAUUUUGAUGAAUUGUAUUACUAUAUGUCAUCACUACUACAUCGGUGCUAUUAAGUUGUCGGAACACAGACUAGUUAUAUAAAUUUUAAACAAUCUACAAAAUUGUUUUGAUUACUUGCAUGUUAUUUCAUUGUUCUCCAGACUUUACACUAUAUGCUUUUCUUUCAGUAGAAUGAGUCAGUUCUUGAGUGCAAUGAAAAUAACGUGACUUGGAAUGUGCUAGCCACACUAUAAUAGAAUUGACGGUGUGUAUGUUGUAACUUUCACUCCUCACAAUCAAUAUGACUGACGGAAUCCUAGUUUUUGAAUGUUUCUAUGAUGUUUGACCAUCACGAUAAUAUUUUGUAAAUACAACUCUGUCAGUUACAGUGACUCUGAAAGAAGAAUUUACACAAGUUAUUCGGGGAAGCAAUAAAUUUGGUUACUAGUUACUCUACCUAGAUUCUAAACAUGUCAAAAUUAGAAUAAUUUAGAGUUUUAUGAGAAAAUGCAACCAGACUAUGCGUUUCUAUUUGUUUUGUGCUAUGUGCCAUUUUUUAAGUCCGAGAAAGAAUUAAUUGUUUCCCUUUGGAUUGUAUGAUUAUUAAAAUAACAACAUAAUAAAAUUAAAAUAGUGUAAGUGAUGUGAUCUUUAAGGGUGUUCAUCUGAACCAAUCUGCAAUACCAUAUAUUGGCACCAUGAUUGUUAGUUAUUUAUAAUUUGACAGUAUCGAGUGAAG